GAGUCUAGUUAUUCUCUCUUGCAUCUCAGAAUUUCUUGUGCUCAGGUGCAAGAUGGUUGAGCAGAGAAUUAUGAGUGUUGUUUCUUCUUCCUCUAACUCUUGUACAAAAAAAUAUGAUGUUUUUAUAAGCUAUCGAGGUAAAGACAAACGCAGGAACUUCAGCACCCAUCUUUAUGAGGCUUUGGUGCAAAAGAAAGUGGAAACCUAUGUAGAUGAAGAUAUUGAAAAGGGUGAUGAAAUCUCAGCAGCACUGAUGAAAGCCAUUGAAGAUUCUCGUGUAUCUAUUGUUGUGUUUUCAGAGAAUUUUGCUUCCUCAAAGUGGUGCUUGAAUGAACUCAUAAAGAUUAUGGAUUGCAAGAAAGAGUUGGGACAGAUUGUAAUACCAGUGUUCUACAACACAGAUCCAUCCCACGUCAGGAACCAAACUGGGAGGUUUAUGGAGAGCUUUGUAAAACAUGAAGGAGAACCUAACUGCAUAAAAUGGAAAACUGCUCUCACUCAAGCAUCCAACUUAGCUGGAUGGAGCUCUCAAAAUUAUAGGACUGACUCUGAAUUACUUAAGGACAUUGUUGAAGAUGUUUUGGAAAAAUUGCCUCCUAGAUGCAAAAACCAAUGUAAAGGAUGGGUGGAAAACCUUACACGGAAACCCCAGCUUUAAGCAAUUGCAAUUGAAGAAAGUGCCAAAUGCAAAGCAGUAGAGAAAGUGAUCAAGUCAUUUACUUCUCAGGUAGAAACUAUAUUCCUACAAGAGCUACAAUCUCUCACGUACACAGAUAGAGGAUUGGUAACAUCUAUUUUUGUUUUUUCAUUUAAAAUAACCUAACUAUAUCUAGAGAAAACCCUUAUUCAAGUACAUUUUAUCCCUAGUGAUGCUUUCUUUAGUUAUUUCUUGAGUAUAUAGUGUGGAUGUAUGAGAACUGGUCUGGCUAAUCUUACAUGUCUUUGUUUCUUGCACUGAAUAGUUGAAGGAUAUGGACAUGAGGUUACAUGUUCUUGGUUCCGAUGAGACUGAAUGGAUUGAGCAAGAUGAACCUGGUGUACAUAUUUAUCUGACCUCCCUAGUAGGUCUAAUCUAUCUUAAAAGACUAUGCUUCAGGUAUAGAAUGCUCUAUUAUAUUUUUACAUUUUUUUUUAGCAGGGGAAUGCUAGGAAUGCACUUUCCAAUGCCUCUUUUCCAUCAGAUUCUCUAUUUUAGUUGGAAUUAAUGGGGUCUCACCAUUGUAGAAAUAGAACUACUAGUGGAAAUAGUUUGUAGUUGUUCAAACUUUGUUCUUGGUAGCACUUUCAUAAAUAUUUCUGCAACUUGAUCUUCUGUUGUGCAAUACUAGAGUUGAAUUUGUUGAGUUGCCUCUUCAUCUCGAAUGAAGGGAUAUUUAAUGGUUAUGUGUUUGUUUUUUGAAA